AUGAACCGGCAGCUUCUUAUACCUUCCCAAGUUAAAAGGAUUCUCAGAGAAAUACUCAAUAAGUUGUAUUGUUUGAAUGAUGCAUCGGAAGGGUCUCCUGAGUUUUUCGAAUACCUCUCAUCAUUAGCAGCGCUACUAGGUGAUGAAGUGGUCAUAGACGCACUCGCCAUAGCGGAAUCCUGUGGAGUAACUUAUCAUUUCGAUGAGAAAAUGCAAUUAGAACUCCCAACGAAAAACGAAGCUUCUGAAGGCAAUCCCAAAGAAAUGCAGGACACUGUGGAUCCUUUUGCUCUGGAUGAUCUACUGGCCGAAAAUAUAGUUAAUGAAAAGGAACAUUCCGGCGUUUCUGAUAAGGAUGAUCCACCGAACGAUGGUGAUGUAAAGGUUAGGAAUGAUAGUAAUGACAGCUUUGAUAUCUUCUCUGAACACAAUUCACAGGAGAAUAAAAUUCCUUGCCCUGAAGAAAAGGUGAAGGAUAUCAAACCAGAUUUAGACGACUACGACUUGCUUGAAUCAUCAGAACCAAAAGAGGAUGGCUUAGCCUUCUAUGAGGUUAUAUUUUCUCUCACUGCUCAGAAAACUUGCUUUAUCAUGCCAGAUAUCAAUUUCUGUUGUUGUAAACGGUUUCAAGAUGAUGUCAUUGAGAAGGAGAAAGAAUACACAUGUUGUCACGUUAUUGCCACAUGGUUAGCUAAGGCUCUUGGAACGAUUCAAAAUAUCCCGGAGAAGCCCGAAUCUUUACGAUUAAUUUCCCAAACUUUCACAGAAAUGGUACACGAGUUCCACUGA